AUGCAACUGCUGCUCGUGUCCGUUCUGCUCGCCGCGUUCGCUGUGGCUCAGCCACUGACGGAGGAGCAGCAAAAGAAGUCCGACGCCAUCGCCGUGGGGUGCCUGGACAAGCACAAGACACUGAACCGGGAGGAUCUGAAGCUGCUGCGCGGUGGUGACUUCUCGAAGGUGGACGCCGAGACCAAGUGCUUCCUGCGGUGCUUCCUGCAGGAUGCCAAGUUUAUGGAUGCCGACGGCAAGCUGGAUAGUGCCCUGGCCAUCGAGCGUCUGUCGUUGUCGCAGGACAAAGCGAAGGUGGAGGCUCUGGUGACGAAGUGCAGCGUCCAGCAGGCGGAUCCGUGCGAGACGGCUUUCAAGGCCAUCGAGUGCUACCAACAGGAGAAAUCGUCCCUGUUGUGAGGCCACUGGCGAAAGAACGAUCGGGCCCUCCGCAGACGAUCAUCAUCACGGUUCGAACGCUUGAUG